AUGCCUUCCAAUAGCAGCAGAAAAACAGACCGUAAAGGAAAAGGAAAAGCAUCUGCAAGUAUAUCUACCUCUGCAAACCGUGUUUUGGCUGGCCGUGUUGGACCUCAAGAAAUUGCCCCCAGUUUCUCAUCCACAACUAUCCAAGAUCAGCGAUACGCGGAAAUUGUUGAAAUGUUUAACAAAGUAAACAACAAUAUCAAUGGUGUCAAGGAUGACAUUGCUGCUGUCAAUAGCAACAUGGCAGCCUUUAAAAACAGGAUGGGCGUUGUUGUUGACACGUCUGGAAAGACACAUAUGGCAUUUGCAGACUUUGCAACUGCCUAUGCCAACAAUCAGACUCGUAUGGCUAGUCUAGGACCAUCUCUGAUGCCAUCCUAUGUCCCCCAGACCUCCCUCAGUGAUGCCGAGGUUUCUGUCAUUAUCUUGGAAAUCUUCGCGGAAAAGUUGUGGGACUGGAAGUUCGAGUCUGACGACCCUGCUCUUGUUGCUGAGAACGAGAGUAAGAAGAAGUGGAACUUGAACGAGAAGAUUAACCACUGCGAUAACGUAGCUGUUAUCAACUACUUGAAGAGCUACAUUAGCGCCCAGACUCGUCUAGCUGGUACUCACCCACGGGUGAUAAGUGAUAAAAUAAAGAACAGGUACAAGCACAGUCAUCGUACUUUUCACGAGUCUCCUGAGCAGAAGGCCAAGAAAAACAGCAAGGGGAGAGCAAACAGUCGUACUCUUCAGACACAUAUGGCAUUUGCAGACUUUGCAACUGCCUAUGCCAACGAUCAGACUCGUAUGGCUAGUCUAGAACCAUCUCUGAUGCCAUCCUAUGUCCCCCAGACCUCCCUCAGUGAUGCUGAGGUUUCUGUCAUUAUCUCGGAAAUCUUUGUGGAAAAGUUGUGGGACUGGAAGUUCGAGUCUGACAACCCUGCUCUUGUUGCUGAGAACGAGAGUAAGAAGAAGUGGAACUUGAACGAGAAGAUUAACCACCGCAAUAACGUAGCUGUUAUCAACUACUUGAAGAGCUACAUUAGCGCCCAGACUCGUCUAGCUGGUACUCACCCACGGGUGAUAAGUGAUAAAAUAAAAAACAGGUACAAGCACAGUCAUCGUACUUUUCACGAGUCUCCUGAGCAGAAGGCCAAGAAAAACAGCAAGGGGAGAGCAAACAGUCGUACUCUUCAGAUGUCUAUCCGACGCAAGUCGACAUACAUGGACAACUGGGUAGCCAUUGAUGCUGCAAUGGGAUAUAAGACUGGAAACCCUGUUGAGAAGGCCUAUCUCAAACUCUUUCAGAAGGAUGCCAUGUCUGAUGGUGAGUCGGAUAUUGAGAUUGUGGACAAUCUUCCACGACGGUGUUUGCAUGUGGCUCGCCCCACUUGGAGAAGUGAAGAGUUCAACAGAUUGUUGACAAUGGUUGACGACAUUGAUCGUACCCAUCACGUGUUAAAUGCGGGCGUGGGAACAAAGCCAAGAAUGAACAGAUAUCCAGCAACAUUGUUGCCUUGCUCUGUUCCUGCCACUCUGUCCCAGUCAUUGCCUCGUUGGGCAAUCAACGAUGAAUAA